GGACGUGUCUACCUGCGCUCUCGAGCUGCCCCCCCCCCCCCCCCACCUGAGGGGACUGAUUGCCAGCUUCGGCCCGAUGUUGGAGUUUCGGGUCUCGUAUACCGGGUCACGGGCGACCGUGACUUUGGUGUACGGUGACCCGCCUCCACAGAAGAGGAAAGGGGGGACUGAAAGAGGAAGAAGAAGGAAGAAACCGGUGCUAGGGAAGGACCAGGGGGGGACAAAGCUGGCGGCUCAACCUUCUGUGACACCGCCCCCACCGAGUCCUCCGGAGAGGAAGCAACCACUCGUGGAGCCUGCAUCCCCGGAACGGCCGUACACCACCCAGGACAUCAUAAUGUUCAAACGGACGAGUGUGCCACCACCGACUUCUUCCUCCACCCCAAAGACGACGACUCCGGUGCAGCGGUCAACAACGACCGCUCCCGUCGAGUCGCCACAUGGACUUGUUGUUCCGGCGACGAAAAGGAAGGCAACAUCACCGACCACCCAGCCAGCCAAGACCAAGCCGCCGCCGGAAUCCGCUCCCCCUGCGGACGACGAAUGGACCAUUGCCAUCAGUGGACUUCGCCGUCACCUCCAUCAGUACAUACAGGGGGACACGCUUAAACCACAACUACUUCGGGGAGGAUUUUCAAACGCCCACUGGAAGCCAAUGGAGGACGGCAGCAGUUACGAGCUUCACUCUAGGAUCUUCGGUAAAACCAAGGGAAUAGUCGUCACGCACCGAAGGGACCAGACCUACAGACAGUGCAUCCUGUUUGCUGAACUCGACAAUAGAUCGAUCCACAGGAUGCUACAAGCGGUCUGCGGCCCCGACUAUUCCCAGGUGGUCCAACAUCUACAGCAGAUCAAGGACAAGCUGCCGUCGCUCCGAGACACUCCAAGCUCCCCGAAGCAGUACAACCUUACCUAGGACAGGCUCUUGUUUGUAAUAACACACUGUGAUGUCAACUUCCAGACAGUUAACACCCUUCUCUUCACACAUUUAACAGUCUAUUCAUAUAAAUGUUGAGGAAAGCAUCCAGGACUUCACUAUUCGUUAGCACUUGGAUCGAAUCACGAUGAAGUACACACUACUGCUCAUUCUUUUGGUGGCAGUCACCAUCAACCACCAGACAGAGGGGUGGCGGAUAAGGAUUAGGUGGAAAAAAGCCGCCGCCAUAGCAAGCAUAUUAGCCGCUACCGGCAAGCGAGAUCUGUCCGAGUUUGACACCAACAAGGACGGACAUGUGGACGAGUCUGAACUAGAAGACUUCUUUAACACACGGGAUGUCCGGGAAAUCUUGGAGAGAGCUGGUAAAGAUGGAAACAACAAAAUCUCCAUGCAAGAGUUUCAGCAAUUCAUCAAUGAGUUAAACAAGAUGGAAUAAACAAAAUGCAACUCCAGCUUUUUCUCUCUGAAUAUCAAGAACUGACUGCUUAUGAGACGCCAUCUGUCUAAACAAUAAUAAAAUUUGCAACACAAAA